CACUCGUCAGUUGCCAUGGCGACUGACAUGGCGGAGGCGUUUCUCGCAGCAGCCUGUGCAGCAGCCGUGAGAAGGGCAUGAAGCUGCCCCCAGCAUCAUCGAUGCCCGAGCAGUGGGAACCGACGAAAAGCAGCAAAUACGGCGUCGUGGUAGUUCCGUUUGCUGGUGACACCACAAAGCAUGGCCUGUCGCUCUCACUCGGUCAGCCAGUGCACAUCUUGGAGCAGUGUGGCGGCUGGUACAGGGGCCACCGCAUUGGUGACAAGGUCCAAAAAGGCAUCUUCCCAGCAUCCCACAUUGCACUCAAAGCCUGCCAUGUCACCAAUCAAGGACCGUACGAGACAGUGGAGCCAGCUGAAGGAGCCACAGCACGUGAAGUGGCCAGUGUGCUGCGAGAAUGGCACCCACUCUGGAAGAAGCUUUACUUGGAGCGUGACGUGGAGCGGUUCACGGCCCUGCGACAGGCCAUGUCGGACUUGGUCGAGUGGCGGAGGCAGUUGUUGUCGGCUGCACUGACCCAGGACCAGGAGCGGUCCUUGUGCCUCCGAGCGGCAGCACGCAUCGACUGGGGCAACAGACUCCUGGGCCUGUCCCUGGUGCCCCGAACCGAGGGAGGUGCUGUGGCCGAUCCCGAUCGGCUGGGGCCAGUCGAGCUGUAUAGGGUGCAUGUGACGAGUGCCACAGCAGAAGCGGAUUUGCGACCUCUGCAGCAGCAGCAGCCAACUCAUGCAGGUCCACACCUUCGGCUGUCCUUACGUCAUGCAAGCUCCAGCAGCCUGGAGCUUCAUUUUGCUCUGUAUGAUGCCCAGGCAGGACAAUUCUUCAGUGAGAACUUUCUUGUGAAGAGUGCCAAGUGUGGCCAGUCAAGCUUUUUGGCCAGCCAUGCGGCCGUAUUCAUGGACGUCUACCGGCCAGAAGACCAGCAACUCCAUCUGGUUGUGCGUGUCAUCAGGACAGGUCGUCUGCUGGGGGACAAGGGAUCUGGUGACCACGAAGAGCUACCGAGGCCAUUAGCCUGCGGUGUCAUUGAUCUGGCAACCCUACCGUGGGAUGUGGGUGGCGAGACUGAGCACGCCGUUCGACUAGUCACAUGCAAUGAGGCAGACUUCCACCAGUUGCACGAAUUGAUCAUCCGCAAGAUGGGCCACAAGAUGGCGCCCCUGCAGCCCAGUCUAGGACUGAGUGUGUGCCUGCGACCAGUCUGUGAUUCAGAAGAAGAGGGCACGCCUGUUGUGCGCAUGAGGGGUUUUCCAGAAGUGAUCAUGCCAGGAGAUGUGCGCAAUGACCUCUACCUGACCCUGGACAGAGCUGACCUUGCAGGCCCCGCCAAAAACAUAGAGGCUCGUCUUAUGCUGGUGGCCGCAGAUGGACGCAUCCUUCAGGACUGCCUGAGUGGUGGCGUGGGCCAGCUGGAACCAUCGUGUGAGUGGCGCUCUCUGGUGUUGUGCCGCACGUGCACCCCUCGGUGGGGCGAGGCGGUGCACGUGCGGCUGCCCUUGGAACCCCUGGAAGGGGCGCACGUGCGCGUGGAGCUGCGCCACUGCUCGGCACGCAGUGGACGCGAGCCACGACUGCUCGCCUGUGCCCUGCUGCCCCUGCUGCAGCGGGGCACCGUGCUGCCCAAUGGCUCCCACGAGCUGCCUGUCCUUCGAGCAGACCCGCCGGGAGGAGCCCAGGCUCGCCACGAGGCCCUGCACCUCACCACCUUGCUCAUCUCCACCAAGCUCACCCAAAACAGAGACCUCCUGGCAUUGUUGCGCUGGAAGGAGCAGCCUGAUGAUGUGCCACAGGCACUGCUCGGCCUUGCCAAACUGGAUGGCGAGGAAAUUGUCAAGUUUCUUCAAGACAUCUUGGAUGCACUGUUCUCCAUGUUCUCAACAACUGACGGCAACUCAACUCCUUACUCGGGCCUGGUCUUCAAGACAUUGGUGUAUAUACUCAGUCUGCUGGAGAGUCCCAAGUUUGAACACUUCAAGCCAGUCUUGGAUGCUUACAUCAAGGGACACUUUGCAGCAGCCCUCGUCUACAAGGGCCUGCUGCGAUGCGUGGCACAUUGUGCGGAGCUGGCCAGCGAUCCCGGAGAUGAGGCCGCCUCUGUGGAGCACUGCUUCGCGUCACUCGAGGCAGUCAUGCAGUUUGUGGUGCAAUCGCGCCUCCUGCUCAGCCGUGCGACCGGCACCGACCCGAGUGAUGGCUUCUGGGCUGACCUGCAGCCCAUGUUGGCAGCGUGUGAGCGCAUGCUCGCAGUGGGGGCCUCGGGCCUUCCCACCCUGGCACAGGUGUCCUUGGUGCGCAGCUUGGGAGGGUUGCUGACACACCUGCGGGAUGUGCUUCCCUUGUCGGCCGUGGUAAGAGUGGCUGAGCGGUGCCUUGCAUGGCUGCCCGCCCGACCGCACCCUCUGCUGGCCCAAGCACGUCUACACGCGAUAGAGCAGACCAUCAGUACACUCCUGUGGGAUCCCACUGACCAUGCCGUGACAGACGAGUGGCGGCUUCGCCUUGUAUGUGCGUGUGGAGCGGCAGUUGGGUCCCAGCUUUCUCAAGGUCGGUCAGAGGAGGCUGCCCUGUGCACCAAGGUGCUGGGUCAACUGGUGACCUGCUGCCGAUGUUGGCGCUGCUCCAGCAUUGCUGACACUAGUCCCACCACUUCUGGGCCUCUGUCGGCGAGCCUGUUGGGUGUGGUGCGGGCGCUCGGUGAGUCUCACUACGCACAACUGUGGGGCGGAGAAGGUGGCCGUGAGGGUGUGGCCUGUGCUCUGUCGGUGCUUCGGCGGCUACUGCUGGGCCCCACAUUCCCUUUCGACUGGGCUGUCAUGCGUGCACUCGCCAACCAUUUAGCCCUUGGGGCCCUGCAAGAGCUGGCGCAGCUGCUGGCAUCAAGCUUCCUGCAACCACUGGAUGUGCCUCUGUGGCUGCAGUACCUGCGGCUUGCCUCAGACUUCUUGGCACAGCCAUCUCUCCAGCUGGAGCAUCUCUCACCAACACAGAGAGCACGCCUCACUGAACGCUACGGUGACAUGCGGCUGCUGGCGGGAUUCCAGGUGCUGGCCCUUUGGGGGCGCCUGUGGGAGGAGGAAGGGGGCAAGUGCGAGCUGGUUUCGUCCCUGGUGGGGCCCCUGGUGCGAAUGACGCUGGUGCGGGAAGCCGAACUUCGGAGGGCCAUGAUGCCCCUCUUUUACGACCUCAUGGACAAGGACCUGCCUAAGGUGGAGUCUGAGCUCAUGGAGCAGCUGGACGAGUUGGUGACUGCUGGCAGUGGGGAUGAGCAGUACCAGCAGCUAUUUACUUCCAUCCUUCUGGAAGAAGUGCGAAAGAAAAACCCUUGUUGGCGUGAAAAUGGCAUUCGCUUCAUUGAGGCUGUUGGUCACCAACUUGACCGACUGCUCGACUACAGGAGCGUCAUGGACGGAGCCGAAAACCGGGACAAACGCAUGAGCUGCACGGUCAAUUUGCUGCGUUUUUACCGGGAGGAAGUGGGUCGCCAAGAGAUGUUUGUGCGCUACGUGCACAAGCUCUGCGAGCUGCACCUGCCGGCCGAGCACUUUGCCGAGGCAGCCUUCGCGCUGCGCCUGCACGCCGACCUGCUGCCCUGGGAGGAAGGAGAACACGGGCGCCUCAAGGAGCAGCUUUACCUGAGCAUGCUUCACUACUUUGACCGCGGAAAGUGCUGGGAGGAGGGCCUGCCACUGUGUAAGGAGCUUGCCAAUGUCUACGAGGGCGUGCUGUUUGACUACGAGAAGCUGAGCACCAUCCUGAGGACGCACGCCCAGUUUCUUGAGCACAUUCUGAAGGAACUGAGGCCCGAGCCUGAGUACUUUCGUGUUGGAUUCUUUGGCCUUGGCUUUCCCUCUUUCUUGCGAAACAAGGUGUUUGUGUACCGAGGCCUAGCCUAUGAGAAGGUAGGUGCCUUCAGCCAGCGACUGCAGGGGCAGUUUCCCGAGGCUCAGCUGCUGACACACAACGCUCCACUGGAUGCUGCCCUGCUGGCUUCCACUGACCAGUACAUACAGGUGUGCGGAGUGCGUCCCCUGGCAGAGCCACGUCCAGACCUGGAAGGACGACCCGAGUGUAUUCGAGCCUAUUUUCGGGUGAAUCGUGUCCGCUCGUUCCAGUUUGACCGUCCCGUCUACAGAGACGGACCACCGGACAGGGACAAUGAGUUCAAGGGUCUAUGGCUUGAGCGGACAACAUUGGAGACUGCGUCUGCUCUGCCGGGGCUGCUCCCUUGGGCCGAGGUGGUGGACCAACAGGCAGACUGGGUGCCCCCUCUGGUGCAUGCGUGCGAAGCAGUUGAGGCUAUGAGCAAUGAGCUUCGCCGUCUUGUGGCAGUACACUCUCGGGAGCCCCACCGGCCUCUAGCGCCACUGAGCAUGCGCCUAGCUGGUGCCAUUGAAGCAGCCGUCAACGGGGGCCUGGCCAAGUACCAUCAGGCCUUCCUCAGUGGAGGUGAUGCGUCAAGUGAAGGGCAAGCACGGCUGCGGUCAUUGCUGCUGGAGCAGGUGCAUGUGCUGGAAGGUGGCCUCUCUCUGCAUGGGCGGCUGGCUCCACCAGACUUGGGACCUCUGCAGAAGCGGCUCGUCGAGCGCUUGGGUCAGCUUCAGCAAGCUGUGCGUGGUGCAUCUGCGCAUGGCUCCCCACGACCAGGUUCCGCUUGUAGCAGCAGUAGAUCAUCAACAUCAUCAAGUGGACUUCUGCCUCCAACACAUGAUGAGUCAUGGGAUGGAGCAACCAGUAGCAGCUCUUCCAGCACGCUGGCCGACCAGCAGCAGCUGGAAGGAUCCACAGCUGAUGGCACGCCACCACCACUUCCACCACGAGGGCCUCCACCUUCAGAGCAGCAUGCCACCCGACCAGCGUCUGCAAACCGCAGUUCUCUCAAACCUGGAGAUUCUCUUCAGUCUUGCAAGAAUACGGAUCCUGUUAAAGAAGAGGUAGCUGACAGAAACAACAUCUCUUCCAUGGGCAGCUGUCCCACACAUGUAGAUGUGUAGUCUACAUAAUUUUUUUAUUUGUCGCUGUGUGUGGCAUGUUGGACGGUGAUACUGAGCUGUUUUAUGUAUGUUAAAAACCUCGUAAGAGAUUGAGCCAGACCUCAUUAUAAUGAAGUAGCAUCAAGACCAUAAAGUAGAUCAAUGUAUUCAAUAACAUAAGAGUAGAGAUGAAAAGCGGCUUUCAUAAAGCAGCCAUCUGACAGUCCGGCUCGCGCAUGAUAUCGAGAUACAAGAACCUGUUAUUCUAGGUCAGUGGUUCUCAAAGGGGGAUCUUCGACGCCAUUUCUAGAGAUGCGUGAAGCCAUCACCCGCUUUUUUUCACAUCUUUUUUGUUCUUUUACAUAUGCAAAUCUGUUUAAGAGUGACUGUGCCACGUAUCGAUGAACUGUCCAAAAUGAAGGGGCACGCUUGUUGGAUGUUUUUGGUAGCAAGAAAAGGCACCUGUUUCACGCUCCAGUUGUGUUAACUUACCUAUGCACCCCCCCCCCCCCCCCGCCCUCCAAAGGGUCCCCCAUUACUUCAACCAGCCCACAAGGGGUCCCCGACACAUCCAUGGCUGAAAACCACUGUUCUAGGCUUUGAACACACUGUAAAGAAGACAAUCCUUGGCUGCCUUUUUGUGGCAUCUCGAACUGCAGUUUGUACUGCGGCACAGCCAGUCAAAUGCACUUUUAUUGUGCUGUAUGACCGAAGUUUCCACAACUCUCUGAUGCUGUUGAAAAGGUGGGUGUAAAUUGUCUUUCAAUAGUCAGUUUUCAUUUUAGGCAAACUUGCGAGUUUGCAGCCUUGUGUGAACCAAGUAUACUAGUUCUGCGUUACAGCUGAUAUAUAGGGGGCUUUGGAGUUUAGGGCUUCAUUAUGAAAAGAAUGCCACGUAAAUGAAACAUGAGCAACGGAUCUUCAUAUAUAGUUCAUAAUAAAGAAUAGUUCACUAUGUCGCUGUUCGUUAUAACGAGGUUUGACUACUGCUUUUG